GCUCGACUGGAAGUACUGGCUCGAAAGGAUCGGGCUUCUGAAGGCACAGGUUCUCCUCAACUUGUGACCGAGCAUCAGCAAACUCAGUUUAACAUCAGUUUAAACAGAUUCUUGUUGGAGAGCUCUGAGUGAACGAUCUAGGAUGUCCUCCAUAAAAACGACUCGAUUCAUGUACAAGACAGGCGGUGGCGGCGGUGAAUUGUCUAAGGAAUAUGGUAUGGACAUUGGCGCUCUAACUCGCCUCGAGGACAAAAUCCGUCUUCUCCAUGAAGAUCUAGAUUCAGAGCGUGAGCUCAGACAACGGAUCGAGCGGGAAAGGAAUGAUUUAUCUGUUCAGCUGAUGCAGUAUGCCGAUCGACUGGAGGAGGCCGAAGGAAGCAGCGAGUCACAAGUCGAGAUGAACAAAAAGAGAGAUACAGAGCUGGCAAAGUUGCGAAAGCUCUUGGAAGAUACGCAUUUGGAAAGUGAAGAAAAUGCCCAUCAUCUACGCAAGAAGCACCAAGAGGCUAUCGCAGACUUCCAGGACCAGCUUGAUAGCGUUCAGAAAGCUAAGGCUAAGAUCGAGCGAGAAAAGCAAAAGUUCCAAUCCGAAGUGUACGAACUGUUAGCUCAAGUUGAAAGUGCAAAUAAGGACAAGCUUACCUCACAGAAGUCUGUGGAGAGAUUGGAGCACACCGUCUACGAGCUGAACGUCAAGAUUGAAGAGCUGAACCGAACUGUCACUGAAGUUACGUCACAGAAAUCACGCUUGAGCUCCGAAAACACUGAGCUGAUCAAGGAAGUCCAAGAAUACAAAGUCUCCAUUGAUAACAUCACUCACAUCAAAACACAACUGGCCAAUCAAUUGGAGGAAACAAGGCGUCAGCUGGAAGAUGAAGAGAGGAAAAGAUCUUCUCUUGAGCAACAUGCUCACACGAUGGAAGUGGAACUUGAGUCUCUGAGGGUCCAGAUUGAGGAAGAAUCCGAGUUUCGCCUGGAGUUGGAGCGACAGCUGUCUAAAGCAAAUGGCGAAGCCUCCACUUGGAAAUCUAAGUAUGAGACGGAAGUCCAGUCUCACCAAGAAGAAGUAGAAGAAUUACGCCGCAAAAUGGCUGCCAAGACAGCCGAGUACGAAGAGCAGUUGGAAGCCCUUUUGAAUAAAUGCAGUAGCUUGGAGAAACAAAAGUCCCGACUUCAGAGUGAAGUGGAAGUGCUAGUGAUGGAUCUUGAAAAGGCUACUACGUAUGCCCAGAAUCUUGAAAAGCGAGUGACGCAGCUUGAGAAAGUGAACGCGGACCUGAAGUCUAAGAAUGAAGAGCUCACUAUCAUUUUGGAACAAACUCAGCGAGAUUUGCGCAUUAAGAUCACUGACCUUCAGAAGUUACAGUAUGAAUACGACAAGCUGAGAGAGAUAAAGGAAAACCUUGCUCGAGAAAACAAGAAACUAACAGAUGACUUGAAUGACGUGAAGGCCCAUCUAAACGAUGCCAUACGCAAGAUUCACGAGAUGGAACUGGAUAUUAAGCGUCUGGAGAACGAGAGGGAGGAACUGAGCAUUGCAUUCAAAGAGUCAGAGGCCCUGAGGAAGCAAGAAGAGGCUAGAGCUCAACGGUUGGCAACCGAACUAACUCAACUUAAAUAUGAUUUUGAAAAGAGAUUGGCUAUGAAAGAAGAGGAAAUGGAGGCCUUGCGCAAACAGAAGGAAAUGGAAAUUGAACAGCUCAACAUGAGACUUGCUGAAGCUGAAGCUAAGCUGAAGACAGAGAUCGCCCGGCUCAAGAAGAAGUACCAGGCACAGAUUACUGAACUGGAAAUGUCUUUGGAUGCUGCUAAUAAACAAAACAUGGAACUUCAGAAAACAAUCAAGAAACAGUCAAUGCAAAUCACGGAGCUUCAGUCUCAUUACGACGAGAUACAUCGUCAGCUUCAACAGACUGUUGACCAACUGGGAGUGGCUCAGCGACGCUGUCAAAGCCUGCAGGCCGAACUGGAUGAAAUUAGGGUGACCCUAGAUUCUGAAAUACGAUCAAAGAAAUCACUCGAGCAGUCCUUGGAAGAAUCCCACACUCGUAUCAACGAGCUGACUACAAUUAACGUUAAUAUCACAUCUGCUAAAACGAAGCUGGAGAAUGAAUUAUCUGCAUUGCAGGCUGACUAUGAUGAGAUCCAUAAAGAACUUAGGGCCGCCGACGAUCGCGCCAACCGAGCCAUAACCGAACUGAAGGUGACCAAGGAACAUUUGGUGGAAGAACAGGAAAGAUAUGUGAAAAUCGAGUCUAUCAAGAAGACCCUGGAAAUUGAAGUUCGCAACCUUCAGAUUCGUAUAGAGGAAGUGGAAGCUAAUGCUUUGGCUGGAGGAAAACGCGUUAUUGCUAAAUUGGAAACUAGGAUCCGUGAUGUGGAAAUCGAGCUGGAGGAGGAGAAACGUCGACAUGUUGAAACCCAAAAGAUCAUGCGCAAGAAGGAACACCGCUUGAAGGAGCUUCUACUACAAACUGAAGAGGACCACAGAAAUCUCACUGCCUUGAAUGAUGCUCUUAACAAGGUCGACGAAAAGUGCAAGAUGUACAAACGACAGCUCGCUGAGCAGGAGGGACUUAGCCAACAGAACCUUACACGAGUACGUCGCUUCCAGCGCGAGCUCGAGACUGCCGAGGAACGUGCUGACCAAGCCGAGAGCAAUCUUUCUUUUAUCCGUGCAAAGCACCGCUCAUGGGUAACAACCAGCCAGGUCCCAGGUGGAAUGAGACAAGUGUUUGUUUCCGAGGAACAAACCACAACCCAAUAUUAAAAUGUCGAGAAAUCGCGAAAAUCCUGUCUUUCGCGAUACAAUCAUUUUAUACGCAUGCGCAUAAAAUAUAAGAAAACACAGUUAACAUCUGUGAGGUAAAAUACCCUAAGUGUGAAUUCAUGCAUGUUUUCCUAUUUGCAAUAUUGAAAAUUAGGCAUUUUAUUCCUUUUUAAAUGUAAAUGUCUGUGAUUUGUUUAAAUAACCAGCAAAGCCUGCAGGUUUCUGCUUCUGUUUAAAAGAAAUAAAGAAUUUAGCUUGUUAGAUUGUUGUUGUAUUUGCAAGUAUGUGGCUCUAUAUCAUUGUUCUGAUAUUUAUAUGUUGGCCUUAUUGUUUUCUGUUUCAUUUAGUCUACAUUUCCUUGUUCAAGUAAGCUUUCUAUGUUUGUAAAUGUGGGUGAUAUGUUAAGGGAACAUAAUACUCUGUACCUUUAAUUAUAUACAGAAUAUUAACACGAUGAAUUGGACUAAACCAUGAACAGACCGAUUCCAAAUAAACCCUUUAAGUCUGAUUGGCUAUUACUAUUCUUUAAUGCAAAAUUUUCUUUUGUUUCUUAUAAAACAAGCUCGAUUAUGUUUAUUUUUUGUUUUGUUUUUUCAGUUUCAGGAGAAAGGUAUAUAUAAAUAAUUAAUUCGUAGAUUUUGCUAGAAGAAAACGAAAUAUGGUAUCAAUUAUUUCAAUGUUUACCUCGGGAUUCUCUUCAGGAGGCUAUAAACACUACGAGAUAAAAGUGAGUUUUUUGUGUUUUUUUUUGUUUGUUUGUUUAUUUAUUUUUACCAAGAUAA